AUGACAGAAUUAGACCACAUCAUCGCGAGACUCUCAAGGCUUGGUGUAAUCACCUCAACCGAUGAGGCACCUGGUUCUGUACUGAGUAAGGCGCCUGAAAGCAAAUUCGCGGAUGAUACUUCUCUCGAUAAACACGCCAAGGACGAUUGCUCAGACGAUCUCGCGUCCACUAAGUUUGCUCAGCUUUCGCGAGUGGAUUCACACGAGGGAGGGGCAGACAGUAUCACCCCCAAGUCUCAACUCGCCCAAACGCAAGAAGAACUGCAACGAGUCGAAGACGAGCUUCAUCAAGCGAAAGACGAGAUCGAAAAGUUGCGGCGUGAGGCCGAAAGCUACAAGCCGAAUACCGAAUCGGUCACUAAGCCUACGCUUGGACGGAGACGCGUUAAACGUAUUGUCACAACGCCAAACACCGUUUCAACGGCCACAGGAGUCAACAGAAGAAAUCCCGAAGAGCGCGUCCAAUCGCUAACAGCAGAGCUUGAGACAACCAAAGCCCAGCUGGUCGACGUCAGCGAGAAGUUCGAAACGCAAACAGCGGAGCUAUCGAAGGUCAAGACAGACUUGGAUAUAGCAAAACCCCAGAUAUCUGCAUUAUCUCGACGAAGAAACGAUAAAAGCCUCCAGUUUCGCGUGGUCGAGCUCCAGGAUGGAACGUUAGACACACAGAUUGACCUGAUAAGGACGUUUCAUUAUGGAUCCAGGCCGGCGUAUCAGACUUGGGUACCCGAGUACAGCAGACCAACCAUCGCGUACAUGGACUUGAAAGAUCAUCUUGCAAAGAAUGGGAAGCUUAGUCACGAAGAUUACAUCAACUCUUCAUAUUGGGCCGCGGAAGCUUACAAAAUGUUCAAAUAUUUCGAAUCACCCUAUGACCAUACUUACUUCCAGCAUGCCGAACCACAGCUGAUGGCAUUGUGUGUCGAUCAUUUUCUGGAGACCGCUAGUCUGAGCUUGGAUCAGUUCAAAGACAAGAAGCCUAUUCACGGUGGCGUUGUAAACAGCAUGCCAGAAGUGGUAGAAAUAUUUGCCAGUAGAAAACCCUGUGGUUCUUGCGAAGACAUCAAGGUUUUGGUGAAUAAGAUCGCGCUGCAUUACAACUUUCAGUUUGAGCUGACAUACGCACGAGCCCUAGUCUCUUCUUGA